AUGAUAUUUCAAGAAGAACCAAGUCUUAACUCUUUGCCUAUGAUUGAUUAGACUGCCUUCAUGAAUGACAUAGAUUAUGAAAUGAAUCAUAAUCACCUAAAUAAUCAAAACAACAUCAAUCACAAUGAGACAAGUUUUGAUGAAGACUUGACUCAAGAUUUUAUCAAUGAUAUAAGCGAGCAUAAUAGAAGAGAAGAUCAUCUGAAUGAUAAUAUGAUGCAAAUAUAGGGUUCAAACUAAUUAUUCUCCCCAGAAUUUAAUGGAAAUAAUCAGAUCCAAACUCUUACAGAGUACAAUAACGUAAUGACAGAAGGGGGACAGGUAGAAUUUAGUUAGAUACAGAUGAGCAGCUUUAACACCCUUAAUUCAAACAAGUAUUUGAUUUAACAAUAAUAAUAACAGUUUCAAUAGAUGUUGCAGCAACAAUAGAUGAACAUUGAGUUCAAUAAUAAUAAUAUAUCUGAGGACGAUAACUUCCUCGAUACUACUCUCAUUACGAAAGAUUUACUCGACUUUGAUCCUCCAGAGGCAUUUAUGAAAAUAGGAUGUACUACUCAAGAUAACAAUAACAACAGUUCUCACAUGAAUGAUCAAUCUCAGAUAUCUAAUAAUUCAAACAUUAUGCAUAACUCAAAUAACAUGGAUGGGAAUAGUGGUAACAUGAAUAGUGAUCAAAGCACCUCAUUCCAGAAGAAAGUUUUCAAGAAAUCAUAACUCAAAAGUGGAAUGACUUCAACGAGUCUCGGCGAUAGAAAUUCGUGUAACACCAAUUUUCUUGGCAUAGGAAAUCAAAAUUCUGUAAAUGAACUAAAUAAUGACAGUGGAGGAGGUGGCAAUUGUCCUGGGGAAGAUAGCUUUGGUACUCAAAGAGGAUCUUUUUACAGAUAAAGCACCAGUUUUUAGGAGAUCUUCCAAAUACAGAAAAUAUAUAGAGAUCAGUUUUUGAGUCGACCUAUGAUAUCGGAGAAUAUUCUUGAAGACUUUGAUGAACAUAUGGAUUCCAUUGUCGAAGAACACGAGGAUGAAGAAGAAAAGAUUCCUCCUUCAAUAGAAGGGUUUUAACUCAAAGACAAACUCAAUAAGUUGCAUAGGAAAAAGUUUAGCUAUUUCUUUAAAAGAACAUGCUUUAGGCUAAUGAUAGAGUUCUUCAAGUAUUCUUUCAAUAGCUUUGUUAAAAUAAAAAAAGUUCACAGUCAUCUUAAAACUCAUAUGUAGAAUUACAUUCUUGGCAAAUUCUAAAGUAUUUUGGACUUUUUACCUGAUGUCUAGAUGAGAAAAGACUUUAAUACGAAUGUAGCAAUGAUUGUCCAUCCACAUAGGCAUAACAAUUCAAGCUUAUUAAAUUUGUCUGUCUCCUCUAAUAACUCGGAGGAUUAAUCAUUUUCUGAAAUGGAUUUCUCAGUAGUUAGAGACACAAUGUACAAAUAUUCCUAAAAGGCUCACCAGAGAUUUUUCUCUGUCCCUGAGCUCAGUUUCUUGUUCAUAUACUUCGCAACCAAUUAGAAAGCAAUCGCUAGAACAAAGCAAAGAAUGGACAACAAGGGUAUUGAAUAUUGUAAAAGAAUACUAAAGGACAUCGAUGAGAUGAAAAAUGAAGCCCUCAUCUAGCUCUAAAAUCAAGCUGUGAUGCAACAUAACGAGAAAGCUGCGAUAUAUCUCUAAUUGAUAUAUAACAAAUAAAAAGCUUAAAUUAUGGAAAUCUGA